UACCAUCCGAUGCCACCGCAACCCGACGCGAUCGAGUAGCAGCAGCGCAACAAACACACCCUAUCGGCCGCCCGCCAGCACCCGCAACGCCGAACGAAUGGAGGGCAGCACCCCCGGCCGGAACGACGAGCCGCCGCAACCGCCGCCGCCCCCGGCGGGGGACGCCGGCAACGGCCAGAAGAGGCGGAAGAGGCGGUGGGGAGCGGCCGCACCGACACCCGUCGCCUCUGCACCGGUCCCCGCCCCGGCUCUUUCCGGACCGGUCGACAGCAAGGYCAAGGCCCUCGCCCUCAAGGCCAGCAUCGCGGCCCGCCUGGCGGCCCUCAAGCAGUCCAGGGCUUCGGCUUCCGCUUCGGCUUCGGCCGCUGUUUCGGCUUCCGCUUCUGCCACUGCUUCUUCCGCCAAGCGGCCCCUCGCGGCCCCGUCGUCGUCGUCGUUGGCAGCCGCGGACCCCCCGGUGGCAAAGCGCGCCAAGCACUACGAGCUGGACAUGACCGUCACCGGGCCCACCUUUGGCCGGGCCACAGAGCGCCUCUCCMAACCCAAGCCCAAGGCCAAUCCCUACCUGGCGCACCGUUCGGAGCCGCAAGAGGGGGGCGGGGAUGCCCCCACCGCGGCAAACGCCGCGGCCACGGGCGUUGGAGACAGCUCGUACGUCGACGCCCGCCUGGAGGCCGCGGGGCACGACGCAAGGGGCCGGGAAAGGCAGCGCCGCAAGGAGCUCCGCUUUGUCGCGCCGGGGACCUUUGUGGAGGUGGCGGAGCGCAAGCGGCAGAGGGCGGCCAACGCCGUUUCGUCGGGCUUUGCCAGCGGCCGCAAGGCCGGCCAGUACUUUAAGCAGGCGACCAUGGGGGCCGGGAGCCACACYACCACCASCAGCUACUACGGGACGACCGAGGUCCUGGACGACCUGGAGGACAGGGGGAUCCUGGCCCCCCGGGCCGAGCUCGGGAACGUGACGAACGACCACUCCUCGGGAAGGUCGAAGCACCAGCCCCUGAGGGCGAUGCCCCUGGUGGUGGAGUGGUGGGACAUGGAACUCCUGCCCUCCAGGCUCCGGAAGCAGGUGGCGGCCUGCGAGGGGAAGGCCCUGUCCGCGGCCACGCAGUCCGAGAUGUCGGUGAAGGCGCCAAGGGCUCUUGGCGGGACCACCACCGGAGGGGACGCCUCCGCCGCCCAAGCCAGCGACAAGGCGGGGGACCUCCGGGCCCGGUGCCUGGAGCUGGCGUCGCUCUCGCACAGCAAGACCGCGGGCCUCGUCCAGCACAUCGUCCCGGUCCGGCCGCAGGGAGAGGCAAGCAAGAAAGCCGUCGAGCCGGUCCUCUACCUGACCAAGAAGGAGCAGAAGCGGGCCCGGAAGCGCCGGCGGGAACAGAAGCAGCGGGAGCUCCAGGACCUGCAGGCCGCGGGGCUCAUCGAGGCGCCGGAGCCCCGCCUGACCCUCCAGAACUUCAUCCGCGUCAUGGGGGACCAGGCCUACGUCGACCCCUCCCAGAUGGAACAAAAGGUGAUGGAGCAGGUCCAGAAGCGCCAGAGGGCCCACCUGGAGCGCAACGAGAGCAAGAAGCUCUCGAAGGAGCAGAGGGCCGAGAAGCUCAAGAACAAGAUCCGCAGGGACGCCGACCCGGCCGCCAACGCGACGGGGGCCAUCCACGUGGCGCUCUUCUUUGUCAAGAACGCCUCCCACCCCUACCACCGCACCAAGAUCGACCUCAACGCCCAGCAGCUCGACAUAUCGGGCGGGGUGGUCGAGUGCGACGUCCCGAACGUGGCCUGCGUCAUCUGCGAGGGGGGACCMAGGGCCAUCCAGAAGUACAAGCGGCUGAUGCUGGUCCGGAUGAAGUGGAGGGGGCCGGACGGAGACGACGACGGCGAGAGCGAGGAGGAGGAGGACAGCAGCAACGACCACGCGAACGCCGAGCCGGAGGUCGGCCCGGACGGGAUGCCCGUCGAGACGAAGAAAAAAGCCAGGCACCGGUUCGACAAGGAGAACAAGUGCGAGCUGGUCUGGACCGGCCUGUCGACCCGGCGCCAGUUCAAGGGAUUUGUCUUUCAGCACUGCGAGACCUCCGCCCAGGUCUACAAGGUCCUGUCGUCCAAGGGCGUCGGACAGUACUGGGACCAGGUGCUGGCGCACGCGAGCGGGUCCGGGGAUUCCAUGCACCUCAAGCUGGUCGACGACAGCGACGACGACGACGAAAACGAAAACGAGAACGAGAACGGUGUCGAAACCAACAACAACAACAACCACAAACACGGCAGCGGCGGCAAUGGGGCGGAUCCCAUGGAGGUGGACGCGUAGCAAACACACGCCGCAGGGCACCCUCGUGGCUUGYGGCGUGUGGUUCGUUCCACCGAUGCGUUGCCGGUUCCAAAGACCGACAGCGAACCCCAGAGAACGCCGAUGCUGCUCGUGCAGGCGGAAUCGUUUUUCUAGUCCAAACUAAAUUAGAACAGUGCAA